GGAGGCUGCUCGGUGCCGCCGCCGCCCGGGAGGGAGGUUAUGUAAGGGGGGAGGGAGGCGACGGGAGGAGGAGCAGGACGCUUCUCCGCCGCCGCCGCCGCCACCGUGCAGCCGCAGCCAGCCGGGGCCGGGGCCGGUGUUGGUGUCGGAGCGGCCGCAUGUGCGAAGUGGGGACGCGGCCGCCGCUGGCCGCCGAGCGCGGGGAGCCUCCCGGGGGUGCCGCCGCCGCCGCCGCCUCCGAAAGGUGCCGAGACAUGGGAGAACAGCCCAUCUUCACCACCAGAGCCCAUGUCUUCCAAAUUGAUCCCAGCACGAAGAAGAACUGGGUUCCCGCAAGCAAGCAGGCUGUAACUGUUUCCUACUUCUAUGACAGCACGAGAAACAGCUAUCGGAUUAUCAGUGUGGAUGGAGCCAAGGUGAUCAUAAACAGCACAAUCACACCUAACAUGACCUUCACUAAAACAUCGCAGAAGUUUGGCCAGUGGGCAGACAGCAGAGCAAAUACUGUGUUUGGUUUGGGCUUCCCCUCCGAGCAGCAGCUGACGAAGUUUGCAGAGAAAUUCCAAGAAGUAAAAGAAGCUGCCAAACUAGCAAGAGACAGAUCUCAAGAGAAAAUUGAGACCUCGAGCAAUCAUUCCCAGGAAUCUGGACGUGAAACACCAUCUUCCACUCGAGCAUCUAGUGUGAACGGGACAGACGAUGAGAAGGCAUCACAUGGUGGUCCUGCUGAGGCACACCUUAAGUCUGAGAAUGAUAAAUUAAAAAUUGCUCUAGCCCAAAGUUCAUCCAAUGUGAAGAAGUGGGAGACGGAGCUGCAGACGCUGCGGGAGAGCAACGCCCGGCUGACCACAGCGCUGCAGGAGUCCGCAGCCAGCAUCGAGCACUGGAAGAAGCAGUUCUCAGCCUGCAAGGAGGAAAAUGACCAGCUCAGGAGCAAGAUUGAAGAACUGGAGGAACAAUGCAAUGAAAUAAAUAAAGAGAAGGAAAGAAAUGCACAGCUGAGUAGACGUCUCCAGGAACUGGAAACAGAACUUCAGGACAAAGAGCUGGAACUGGAAGAGCUCCGAAAGCAGGGUGAAAUUAUACCACAGCUAAUGUCAGAAUGUGACUCUGUAUCUCAACAAUUACAGGCUGCUGAGAAAAAGAACAAAGAUCUUGAAGAGAAAGUCAGAACAUUAAGGACAGAAGUUGAAGAGAGCAAACAUAGGCAGACCAACCUUAAAACUGAAUUAAAGAAUUUUUUAGAUGUACUAGACGGGAAGAUAAAUGAAUUACAUGAUUUCCGACAAGGACUGUCUAAACUUGGGGUUGACAAUUAGAUGGCAAUAGAUUUUUUUGUAAUCUAGGGUCUGGAUGUUUGAUGUUUUGUUGAUCUCAAACGUGUUUUACAAAAUAUAACUAGAAUGUUCCACUUGUUUGCAUUGUUUUUGUACAUAGAGGCUGAAAAUUUGCUGUGGGGGUUUUUGUUUUGUUUUGUUUGUUUGUUUGUUUGUUUUCCAAACCAAUCGUGCUGCUCACUGAAUUCUGUUGAGAUUAGAAACUUUCUAUAUUGCUGCUCUGGCUUCGUGCAGUUGGGAACAGGUAGAGGGUUCUGUCUCAGGAAUCUGGAACUAGAUCUACCUUAAAAUGAAUAUGCAGUUAGUUGUUGCAGGGAAAUUUAUAUCUUUCUUAAGGGCUGUUGCAACCAUAGAAACAGAAAACAAGUCUUUUUCUUGUUCGGACUAUCAGCACUCCUAGCAACAUCCACUUUUACUCCUUGGUGGAGCAGAGAGAAGAUUAGAUGGAGCUCCUGCAGUUUGUAAAAUGUGCCUGUGAUGAGUUGCAGCCAAGUGAAUCACUUCACACAGAUACCAGUAUCUUUAUGGACCAUGUCAAUCAGGCCUGAUUCACCAAAAAAAUUCCAGUGGUUUUCGGAUAACCUCCAAUAUAGGUUUCAUGUGCUUGACUGGAACCAUACAGCACAAAGUCAACAAUGUAGAAAUUAAUUUCAGCUCUUCAAGUCAUGCAUCUUACCCAGUAGGUGUGGACAGCUUCUCUUGAUUAGCAAGAUCAUCUCUCUUUGGCCUUCAAUUUUUAACCCAUACAGUUCUGUCAUUAUGUGGAGCUCUGAAAAAUGCCCACCUGAGUCUUGAGACCAGAUAUUUAUUCUAAAAAAUGAUAUGUUGCUGGUUUAUACAGAGGGAGUGUGCAACUUGAUCACUGUUGAUUAACUUCUGCAGUAGUGAUGGAGACAUUGAUCUGAAAAGCAAUAUAAGGUUAUUUGAAGUUGUUGCUCAGAAGCAAGUUUCUGCCCGGGAGACUGGAAGGGUCAUGACCACAUGAAAUCAAAAUCCUUUCCUAUGUUUUCUGCAUUCUCACCUCAUGUGUCUUUGACAGUAGGGUAGGAAAUAGUCACCAAGUUAGACUGUCCAAAAAAAAACCCCAACCUGAAAAGCAGAAAUGCUUUUGUAUUCUCAAACUGAUUAUUCAGCAGCUCUAAAUAUGUUUUGAGAAAUGCAAGGUCAUAUGCUGGGCUCCAGCAAGAAGAAAAUUCACAUCAUUCAUGUCAAAAUUCAUAGACAGUGGCGCAAAAGGGCCAAAGAGGAGAAUUCAGCCCAAGUUUUGCUCUUGCCCCUAGGACUGCCUUCAGCUUCUUUCUCUUCUUUCUCCAUAACCUGGUUUGACAGUCUGUUUACAUGGGAUCUGAAUUAAUUCAGGAAAGAACUUUUGUUUAUGUGACAUUAUUAUUUCCUUAAUUCAGGGGAAAGCUUGGUUAAGCACUGUGUUAGUGUAUUCCAGCAGAAACUGAUAUAAAAUGGCCUUACUUUUUUUUUUUUUAUUUAGGGGCUUUUUUCUUUUCUCGACACAUCUCAGUUAUAGAAGUGACCUUUAGAAGAAAGAUGGGUUAUAGGUGAAACAUGCAUUGAAUACUUUUUGCACACAGAUAUAUAAUCCCCAUGCUGCAGAUAAGUUCUGUCUCCAGUUGUCCCUUGAAUUUUCAUUUUAUCUGUUACUGUUGCGUUGUCUUCAUUGCCUGUUUUUUAGACUGGACUUCAUGUAUUUUUUGCUUUUACUCAUUUUAAACAAUGGAUGUGAAGCUGGGACCUUUCAUAACCAUUAUGACCAUUUAAGUAUCUUUAAAAAAAAUUGCUGUAGGCUGUUGAUAUUUAAAAAUAAAAAUAAAAAUCAGGUACAUAGCAUGUAGGCGUGUGAAAAUUAGACUUUGCCAGCAUGGAAGAUUCAACAGUUGCAUAAUGUGGGGUUAGAUCAGACUUCUCAAAAUUGAAAAUGACGUCAAAAACUGUGUGUGGCUGUACACAAGUAAUCUCCAGUUUUAGUCUUUUUAUUUGAUAGCAAGUCAGAUAGACACCAUCAUUAACAGGCAGUUUGUCCUGCUUCGUCUCUCUUCCCAUGCUGCUUUAGAGUUCCCGAAUUGCAGCCAGUCCCUGCAUCAGCUGGGAACCAGUGGAUAACACAGCUAAGAGCUGCAAGCAAUAUAGGUAGUCAGAGCCCUCCUCGUCACAGUGGUUUAUUGCUUUCACACCAAAGACCUUGCUCCAUCUUCUGUUUCCUUUUUCCUGUUGAGCAAUCUUAGGGCUUCCUUCUUGGUUUUAAUAUAAAAUAUGAAUUUUAACAUGAUUCUGACUAGAAGGAUGCAAAAGACUCUGUGAACAAAUUAUUUUAUUGGGGUUAAUCCAGAUCUUUUUUUCACUUUAGUCAGGUCUAUCUCAGAUCCAGUUCAUUAGGAGUGUAUUAAACCACUCUUAAAUUACAAGAAAAGUGUUUCUAUGGGAUUGCAUCAAUUUAACAGAUGGGGUUUAAUGCUGGUGAAUUAAACCAGUGCAUAGCUCUGAUGCAGGCAGUUAUUUCUGGGUGCUUUGUGCCCACCAGAAGAAUGAUGGGGAUGUCCUUAGAGAAAUACCUGCCCUGUCUCUUUUAGUCUUGCCCCAGUUGUAUGUUGCUGCUCUGAUGUUGGGUUGUUAGCAAUGCCUAUACACAGCUAUACGCUGUGGGAAACUCCAUCCUUCAAGUAUCCAAGUUCUUGCCAUAAUUACCUUCCUUCUCUCUUUUUCCUUCUCAACAGUAGUAAGUUGAGAGCUUCUAUUUAUAAUCACUUAAAAUUCUCCCUCAAACUCCAUCUCUUUUAAACUUUCCCUCUCUUUCAUUCUAUUUUUUCUCCUUCAAAAGCCAAAAGCGUGCUAGGAAGAGGUGGUGCAUGCUCUCAGGAGUGUUUGGACACCAGCUGCAGCUCCCGUCUCCAGCCUGGCCCCAUCCCUGCACCAGGACUGGAGCCCCAUGCGCCUGCUGAGCAGGGACCGGUGAUGUCAUACAUUUCUUAUUCCUUGACAAUCCAUGGUGGCCCAGCAAUAACCCCUGCGUGCCAAACUGUGAGCCACACGCUGCUUCUCAGGGACUCGUCCCAGCAUCAAAAUGCCUCCUCCCUCCCAGCGAGAGCGCUGGGGUGGCCAGCCUUCCACCACCAAAACACCCACACCCCACCCUAUGGAUGCAUUUGUAUCUCCUUUUGGGUGUGUUGGGGUUUCAGCUCAUCACCACGGGGACCCUGAGCCAGGGGCUGUGCUCAGCUGGCAGCCACCUGCUUAGAGACAGCCCCAAACACUGCUGGGGCCAAGAAAUGCUCAUCUCUGUUCAGGAGAGGGUCUGCAGAGCUUGGUUUUAUUUGUUAUUAAGAUACAGUGGUUUUCCCAUGAUACCCUGGUUUUCCCAUGCCAUCAGCAAUGAAGUAAAUCAUCGCUCCAUUUCCGUCGAGCUCAAGCACAGGUAUCUUUAUACAAGGUUGUACCUCACCUUGGACAAUUGUGGGUUUCCUUUCUGGACACAGGUUUCUCCCUCUAAGUGGUUGAUGGCAGGAUCUAUCCUACCUCAGUUACAUGGUCUUUUGUCAAUAAAGGUCUUGUGCUUUGUACUUCCCAUGCCGAUACCUGCUGGCUGCUCUGCCGUGGAUCCCGCCACGCUGCCCACCCUGCCUGGCUGGCCCCAGUGGCAGUGACAAGCUGGUGGCUCUGGAAAGAAAAAUCUGUGCUGGCCUCUUGUGACACCGAGUUAGAGAGUGUCUUAUUGCCUUCCGUGAUUUCCAGUGAGCUGCUCCUUUGAGCUGGUGUUAGAGCUGCUGAAUAAUGGUGGGGUUGGGUUGUUUUGUUUUUUUUUUUUGGGGUGGCCAAAAUGAGAAAUAAACAGGUCUUCUUUAUAUUAGCACAAAACCCUAAAAAUAUUCAGUGACAUAAAAAUACAUGGAGAUAACUAUUUUCAAGGGGAAAGAAUCUUCCAUUAGAUAUGCUAUUUCACAUUUUGGAAAAUGACCUUAGCCUUAUCUUUGGAAUAAAUUAUUUCAAAGUGAAAAACUGAAACAUUGUUUCACACCCCAAAAUAAAAUAGGUUAACCUUUUGCUUUUUUCCUGUUUGGCUGAAUCUUUAUUUGUUGAUUUUGACUCAACUUCCAAGUAGUUUUGUUUGGCCUAAACAUUCAUUGUCAGCAAAAUUAGUACUUUCCAGUGUUCUUCUGUCUACAUCUAAUUGAUAUCUCCUUUACUAAGUGAGCUCACUGGAAGAAAUCUGUCUUUUCUGUAAGAAAUUCGGUGCCACUUCUCACUUUUUAUAUCCUAGCAUUUUUAAAAAUAGUUUUACACUGGGUGCAUCUGUGCCCAGAAAACAAAUGUUAUUUAGACAAUGCCUUUUUUCUAGACAAACUAUUGAUUUUAUUUUUAUGUGAGUGAAUUAGGGUGAACAUUUUUUAAAGCUGCUCAAUGAAUUAAGGAGAGCAGGAAGAGUUUCUGCUGUUCCUCCUGCCACUGCCAUUGCUUUUGAAGAACACCAGCAAAAGUAUUUGUGGUGUUAAGGUGGGUGCUUGACCUGUGUUCAUCCUGUUUGCUUAGUGGCUCCUCAGGCAUGGGGAGCCCAUUUCCCUUCUCAGGAGGGCACAGAUUGUCCAUAGGCUUCUGCACUCUUCUGUAUACUGCUUAUUUUUUUCUCCCUUAUUAAUUUCUUGCCACCUUUGGCUCCUUCGUAAAUGAACGAAGGAAAAUUCCCCAUUACUGCCACUGUCUCAUAGUGAUGGGAGUUUCUCAGCUACAAGACCAUGCUCUUUGUUAGGAUCUUCUGAAUAGUUAUCUCUGCAAAACCCUUCAAAGCAUCAAUGGCUUGUAAGGAAUAUAGUGCUGUCUUCCUGAGCCUAUGGAUUAGCAAAGAUAAAGCUGCUAUCAGGGUGAAACGCCCCGCUCGGCUUAGUGCAUGAGUGAUGCUGAAUCCAAAGGGAACGGGUGUAAAGGGGAAUCAGCAGCAGCAGCUCAUUUUGACAACCUUUUCAGCAGAAGCUUCAGUGAAAGAUGUGCUCUGCCCACAAGCUGUGGAUGUGCCAAAGGUCUGGGAUGGCUGCACUGAUCCGACAGCUCAUCCACCUUUGUCCAGGCAGUUCUGGGCUUGUCAAGCCUGCAAAUAUCAAAAAGUCCUCCGCAUAUCACAGCUGUGGCAAUGUGAGGGAUGGAAGGCAAACGUCUGCACGCAGAGCUGAACAGCGCGAGAGCAUUGCAGCAACGGCGCUGGUUUGUGGUCAGACGCUUUCAGUCAGAAACAGGAAAAGCUGUUGCUGUCCUACGUGGGUUCAGCAGUACCGGACACCUACAGAAGGGCAAGUGCAGCUUUCGGGGGGGCUGCGAGGCAGCAAGGACUCCCAGGCUGGUCUGGCAGGGUCUGGAUGUGGGCAUGGUUUAGCAAUGGUAAGACACAGCUACCCUAAGGUAAUUUUUCUUUCCAUGGAUCAUGUUCAACAAACACCUGUGUGUCAAGCAAAGCAAUAUGUAGCCACAAGACGUUUAAUCCAGACACACCUCCAGACAGAGUCCCAGCUGGCUGACACAGCCUGGCUGGGGAUGCCGUGCCCAGACUCCUGCGCCCGGGGGAGCUUGGCAGUGCUUUUGGUUCAUUAUUAGAAUAUAAACCUGGUAGUUACAUGAAGUUUGCAUGUCUUAAAUACCGUUCUUUGCGGUAAAUUAUAAGGUACCUGAAGGGAAAUACAGAGUCAGGAGGUGCAUGAUAAAUGUGACAAAGGUGCUUCCCAAACGAGGGCUUUCCUGCAGGCUGUGGGCAGAGCUGGUCCUGUUCGGAAGGGCUUGGCUUGCAUCCCUGGGGGAUGUUGGAUGUCUAACCUGUUUGACUUUCUACUGUGUUUUGUCUUAGCUCUUAUUUUUUUUAAUUUUUGGUUUGUUGUUUGGUUUUUUUUUUAAAAAAAAAAACAGAUAGCUUAAACAUACAGUCUUCAGAUGAAGGUGCCUAUACCUCCAAAAAUUUUAUAUGCAUGUUUUGAAAUAACUUUCUUUUUUCUUUCUGGUCAUUUGGUUACCUAAUAAUACUGGUACAUACAAGAAAGGCACUUGAGAAAAAUCUGUCUGCUGUUGUAUUUUUGUUUGGGUUGGUUUUGUGUUGGUUUUUUUUUGUUUGUUUUUUGUUUUUUUUGGGUUUUUUUAACACUGGUCAGCAAUAAUUAUUUUAGCCAUAUACUAGCUAAAAAGACUAAUAAUGUAAGAUUUGUGAACUAAGCUUCUAAGUCUGCAGUACAUUGAUUAACUUGGUUAUGUGAAGAGGGAGCUAUGCUCAAUAAAAGAGUAUUUUGCAGCAUUUAGAUGUUUUCAUUUAAUUGCCUAAUAGUGAUCAUGAACAUAAUAGUCUAUAAAACUCAUCAUGAAUGACAAACAAAGCACAUCAUUUUUAACAUGAAUAUAUCCCUUGUAGUUGAAAGUUCUGAGAGUGUUUUAGUGUGGUCUGCUAUACCAAAAUAUUUAGAUUAUUAUGAGAUUUUAGUACUAAAGAUAAACAUACACCCUGUUUUUACUGUUUCAAGUAAAGUUUAGUGAAUGGCUGACAAUUUGUUGAUAUACAACUGUGGGAAAACACUGCAGUGCUCUAAAUGUAUAUUUUUGUUUGGGUUUAUUAUAUUUAGUAUAUGUUUUAAUGAAAACUGAAGUGUUUACUACAGUUGGAUCAUUGUACAAACAUCUCUUACCUCGUCAUUUUGUCUGCUGUGAAAAAGUAAUUUCCUCUUCUUUUUUUUUUUUUUUUUUCAAAUUGACCAUAAACAGUCAAUGUUAACAUUUAGACUCUAGUAGCAGUAAAUGCUGGGUUUUAUAUAUAUAAAAGGAAAACUUGAUUUUUUUCUUUAUGAACUUAUUAUAUAACUUUGUGAUUUUUAUCUGAUUUUAUUGUAACAUAAAGUCGUUUUAUGUAAAAAUAUAUAGUUUAAGUAAAA